AUGGCCGCCCCGCUCCACGCUGCCACGCCCCCAGUGACCCCCGCCUCUCGCCCUCGUGGCGCUGGGCGGGGCGUGACGCGCCUGCGCAGUGUGAGGAGCGCCGGGCUGCAGUCGAGGCGCCGGGCGCGGAGCCGGCGGCUUGAGAGCGGCGCGGCUGUGGGAAGGCGCGGGGGGCCCGGCCGCCCCCGGGACGAGCCUAGCCUAGCCUGGAGCGGCGGCCACCCGCUGCGGCUGCCGGCCCGGGCAGCGGGAUGCGCCGCCCGCCGCACUAAGGCGGCGACGAGCCCCGAGGCGAAGCGAGGCGGUGCAGCGCGCCGAGCCGAGCCCAGCCUGAGGCGAGCCCCGCGGCCGUGUGUGAGCGCGACUGAGGCGGCGGCGGCGGCGGCGGCGGCUCCUGCCGGCGGCUUCCUCGGGGCCGUCGCGGGGCUGUGCGGAGAGGGGGCCGCGGCGCCGCCCCCGCCUCCUCCCCUCGCCCGGCACGGGCAGAGGCAGGUGGGCGGCCGGGGCUCCCCCGCGGCGGCGGGCGGGCGGGCGGCAUGAGCGCGGCGCCCUGAGGGGCCGGCGGAGAGGGGGUCGCCCCGAGCAGCCUCCCCCCCACCCCGGGGGGCCGCGUUCGACGGAUCGGACUCGGCCGGGACCUGCCAUGACUCCGCUGGCUCCUCCCAUGGCAUGAGCCCGUGCUCUCCUCCCCCCCCUCCGCCUGCUUUCGGUCUUUCUCCGCUCCUGGGCUGUCAGAUGGGA